CUCAAGUUGUGAUGCAGUUCAUGGGUAGCUUACUCCUGCCCUACAUUGCCACUGGGGCUCCACAGAUCUCACAUGAGCCCAGAUCGCACUGUUGAUCAAGCAUCAGCUGAAAGCAGUACUCCUUCAUGGUGAACGAGACGGCAGAGCGAACUCUCUCAGGCAUGUUGGUGUCAAGGAACAUCCAAAUGGAAGGCUGACAGGUCAUUCCCGUGUAUGAUUAUUUGUGUGUCCAUGCAAUACCCACAAUGUGUGGCUAGACCCAGAGCCUCCUGUGGAUGAGAGAGAGCAGAGGGACACGGAGGAGCAGGAAACCCUGGUGCUAUGGAAGAGACCUCUACUGAUACUUCAGCCUGGAACUGCUCAUCUCUCUCAGAGUGGAUACAGAGGCUCUGGCAGCAAAGACAGACUGUGUUUGGCCUUCUGAUCCGGCUGACUCUCCCCUCCAUCGCCUACUGUAUUGAAGGGACACCCCAGAAGUAUGUGCGUUACAUGGGGAGGAAGACGCUGUGGUGCGCCUGCUGGGUAAGCCUGGGCAUCCUGUCGUCCGUGGGUCUUGGCACUGGCCUGCACACCGUCCUUCUUUACCUGGGACCACACAUAGCAUCUGUGACCCUGGCAGCAUAUGAAUGUGGUUCGGUGGAUUUCCCCGAGCCACCAUAUCCAGACCAAAUCAUCUGUCCCCAGCACGCAGCACCAGAACUAAGCUCUGAUGCUGAGGUGGUGGGUGUGGCCUCUGCGGGUGUGGGGUCAGCAGCCAUCCAGGGAAGCGUCUCUCUCUGGACCAUCAUGUCCAAAGUCCGCCUGGAAUCCUGUAUGUGGGGUGCAGGUACCGCUAUAGGAGAGCUUCCUCCCUACUUCAUGGCCAGGGCUGCGCGGCUCUCCAGCGUUGACCCUGAUGAUGAGGAUUACCAGACGUUCAAGGAGAUUCUGGACCAGACCCACUCUGCACAGGACUUUGCCAGCAGAGGAAAAGCAGCAGUUCAGAAACUCAUCCAUCAAGUUGGAUUCCUGGGGAUUCUGGCCUGUGCCUCUAUUCCAAAUCCCUUGUUUGACUUGGCAGGAAUAACAUGUGGACACUUUCUGGUCCCGUUCUGGACAUUUUUUGGUGCAACACUCAUUGGGAAAGCAGUUUUCAAAAUGCACAUUCAGAAACUGUUUGUGAUCAUCACCUUUAGCAAACACAUAGUGGAGCAGAUGGUCUCCCUCAUCGGGUGAGUAAGACUCAACGUGUGUGUGUUUGUGUGUAUACUUGUGUGUAUGUGUGUGUUUGCUAUCCAAAAGUACCCUGUGGGAUGUGCAGUGAUCACACAUGAAAUAGGUAAUGUAGAAUCUUAUGAUUGAGGGGUGGUGUGUCGGCAUACGGGGUAUUUCUAUUCGUUUGUGUGAAAUCUGCCUCCUCUUCCUCUUGACACUGAUGAAGGUCACAUAAUCAGAGGUGGCUUUGAAGUACUUUUUGGAAGAUGUCUUGUUCCUUUGUACCGUUUUAAAUACUUUGUGUAUACCUUUAAAGAAAGGUUGUGUCCCAUGUUGUUCUCCAUUUUGGCUCCUCGCUCCGCUGUUAUAGUCUACAUUAUGAUUAAUAGCAGGGAUUCUUCCACUGGAUGACUAUGGGUGUGAACAUGUUCUGGCUGCUUCACAGGACAGGAUGAACUCUUGUCUAUCACAGAAACCUCCUCUCUGCUUUAUCUCUGAUGAAGCACAGUCAUAGAUGGUUAUUACGUUUAUACCUGAUCCCAAAGGGCUGCCUCUGGUUGUCUAGACAUUUUAUCCUUUUGACAAAAUAAGGUCUCUCAGGUAGAUGUGCUAGUGCUUACUAAGCUGAAACUUCUUGGAAAGAGAAAUCCAGUUUGAGUUUCUGGUUGGAAGAGAUUUCACAAGGAGAUAUCAGUGUUUUUGGUGGCCCAUCUGGAAACGGGGUCAGUUAACCUUAUGUGUUGUGUUGAAUAUUCUGUACCAGCUCCAAGAAGUUGUAGGACUGAGAGAUUGGUUUCAAAAAAAUCAUUUCCAGAAAAUUGUAAGAAUGACUCCUACACACACACAGCCGCUGGGCUUUUCAAAAUAAGGCUGGAUGUAAUAAAAGUUGAAAGAGCCUUGGUGUUGGGUGUAGGUACUGAUGGGUGCUAUGAUGGGUGUCCUUGUAGAGAUGCCAGGGGCUGCAGCUGGAAACUGCCCUCAACACACCUGCAAGUGGGAGUGCCAUUUAUCACAUACACACACACACACACACACACACACACACACACACACAAACACACACACACACACACAAACACACACACACACACACACACA